GUCGCGAAUUCUCUAAUGGCCAGUUCCCUCCAAAAGUCGCUCAUCGGUCGCGCAAGGAUUUUCCUUCUAUCGGGUGCCACUACGGGAAGCAAGAGUGGGGUAUCUCUACGGUAUAAAGGAGAACCGGUCCAAGAGGUAAUCGUUCCCACUCCGUUGUUCGUUUGCCGUCUCGCGAGUUCGCCGCUCGAGUCUCAUUUCUCCUUCCGUAAUAAUCUGAAAGUCAUCGUCGUCGCGAUCGUUUGCGCGCCGAGCGUUCGCCCGCCUGCGUCUGGAUUGUGUGCGUUUUCUCCACCGGUCAAGAUGUUGCUGAUACAACCUACAGAGGAGAUGUCCAAGCAGAUCCAGGUGGGUCUGAAUGAGAAUCCAGCUACCCGCGACAAGGACCUCGAGGCUAUCAAAGAAUGGCUAACUAAACAACCGCACUUACCUCAAUUCGACGAUGAUCAAGUAAUAAUGACGUUCCUACGUGGUUGCAACUUCUCUUUGGAGAGAUGUAAGAAGAAGCUGGACAUGUACUUCACGAUGCGCGCUGCACUCCCCGAGCUCUUCUCCAACCGCGACAUCGCGAGGCCAGUGAUGCAGGAUGUACUGAAAGUUGUACAUGUGCCGGUUUUACCGGGUCUCACGAAGGAGGGGAACCGAGUGAUUCUGAUGCGAGGAAUCCACAAAGAUCUCCCGACUCCCAAUGUCUCGGAAGCCAUGAAGCUGGUGCUGAUGAUCGGUGACGUGCGCCUUAAGGAAGAGUCCCACGGGGUGGCUGGCGACGUUUACAUCCUUGACGCUGAGGUCGCGACACCCACGCAUUUCGCCAAGUUCCCGCCAACUUUGGUGAAGAAGUUUCUGGUUUGCGUGCAGGAGGCUUACCCGGCGAAGCUCAAGCAGGUGCAUGUGAUCAACAUCAGCCCGUUCGUCGAUACCAUCCACAAUUUCGUCAAGCCCUUCCUCAAGGAGAAGAUACGCAACCGCAUCUUUAUGCACAGCAACAUAAACACUCUUUACGAAUACAUACCCAAGGAGAUAUUACCGAGCGAGUACGGCGGCGACGCUGGACCCAUCAAUGUUAUACAUGACAAAUGGAUAAAAAAGUUGGAGGAAUAUCAACCGUGGUUCACGGAGCAAGAGAACGUGAAGGCCAACGAGACUCUGCGUCCGGACAAACCAAAGACGCACGACGACUUGUUCGGUCUCGACGGAUCCUUCCGGCAGCUGACGAUCGACUAAAUUGAAGUACACCCCCAGGAAGUGUCGCGACCCGUAAUCAUCGCCAACGGCAGUCGUUAAUCGAAUUAUUCGUUCAUGUAGAGAGCAGAAACCUCGAGGCCGAUCGAUCGUGAAAUUCCGCCGCGUGACGACAACGUGUAAUGUACAUCCGUUUUCCAAACAACUAUAACCGGAGCGUGAGCGACCCGCGUCCGAAAUACACUGCGCAAUGCGAACGUAAUUCGCAUGAUAACGUCUGAAAUCGCAAAAGGUGGACACACACAAGGCCAGACUCGCAAUCGAUAACGGUCAUCGUCAACUUCAUCUGUGUGUUCUCACCGCGUGCGCGGUUAAAGAUAAAACUUUACCAAAAAAGCUUCUGUGCUCUUUGACAGUUACCAGGUAGCGUUGACCGAAUAAACAGCAGAAAGUAUUUACCUCUUCGUAAGUUUUUUAUAUAGUUAGCGUAUGUAAUAUAGAAAAAGUUUAUUUACAGAGAAGCCGACAAUCGCCGACAAACGAACGUACGGAGAUUCACGACGCGACGUGAACGAUGUUUCCGUCGUUCGCGUGAUAUAUUUUUCCAUUGUGAAGAGUACCUUUUAGAUUUCGGGACGAAAUAUGUAAUAAUGCUCGGGCAAUCGAGCAAUCGUUUCGUAAAUAAAUUGUGAAAAAAAUAGAUUCUCACUUCGUGCUUCAAUACUGAACAGUCAGCUAAGUUUUCUGCAUGUCGCACACACGACUCGUACAAAGAUAUUUUAGACGCAGGAUUUUUAUCACAGUGUUACAUGAGAAACCUGUAAUUAGCAUAGCAGGAGAAAUAUGUUGAAAGAUUUUGCAACGUGAAAUUUCCUGCAGAAAUCCUGCAGCGAAACUCGAGAGAGGUGUCCUAUUCUCGGAAGGAAUGAGUCUCCCGCGGGAGCCUUCGGCUAUUACCGAUCGCCAUCAUUCAUCUGUUCCGGAGUAGAACAGUCGAAAAAGGAAAAAUUCGAUGAGAAUGUCGAGUUCAGUGAAAGCUGCAGUUGCGCGGCAGUUUAAAUCGCUCUAAAAUCGCUUGAGUUUCCGUUUCACGUUCACUUGAAUUCCCGCGAUAAUUAUUGUCAGUGCCAGAUUCUGAUGACUCAUUGGCUUCAAGAUUACCAAGAUAUGUUACAAGGACUCUUUUUAUAAAUAGUCUAUAGGAAACGCUACAAAAUAUGAAAUAUCUGUAGUUUUUAAUUUUUGAAGAAAAUUAUCCGAAAUAGUUGACAAAAAUUAAGUUAUCGAUAAUGGAUAAAGCGUGAAAGACAAAUAUAAAGGGAAAAGAAUAAGAAAAAUAAGAAAAACCAAGAAGAGAGAAUAAAAGCCAAGAAAGUUCCGCUGAAAUAUAUAUUAAUAGUUUCUGCCUCGAAAUCGACGCAAAUCCAGUUUCGAAAUUAUCUGUCAUCACGACGCUUUAUAAAUUCCUGUGUGUUAUAUUAUAUUAAAAUUUAGAAUAAUUUCAAGUCGGACUUACAUGCUGUCGAUACAAAUCUAUCGUUAUCUAUCGUUAAGGUAAAUAAACUAUAUUGUUAUAAUAUAUAAUAAAUGGAACAAAUUAUGAAGAUCAUAA